CCCUCCAAACGACAAAGAUCAUCAGCAGCAGAGAGCCCGUAGCCAGGGCCGGUGCCAACCUGCCAGGAUGCGGUGCUGUAAGUUUUGGGCUGCGUGUUCGGUUGGAUUUUACAUGUGGACAGCCCUCCUCUUCAAAGGAUCUCUGCAAGGAGAGUACCAGAGGAGACUUUACAAGGAGUUGCUUGCUAACUACAACCGACUGGAAAGACCAGUGGUCAAUGACUCAGCUGCCAUCCUGGUGGAGCUGGGCUUCACUCUUCUGCAGAUAAUAGAUGUGGAUGAAAAGAACCAAGUGUUGAUGACCAACGCCUGGCUGCAGCUGUACUGGACUGAUAUCUACCUGAGCUGGAACCCAGAAAACUACCCUGGUGUCCAGAACCUUCGAUUCCCUUCAGACCAGAUCUGGACUCCUGACAUCCUUCUUUACAACAGUGCGGAUGACCGCUUCGAUGCCACUUUCCACACCAAUGUUCUAGUGAAUGCUUCGGGUUACUGCCAGUACAUCCCACCCGGCAUCUUGAAGAGCACUUGCUACAUUGACGUGCGCUGGUUCCCCUUUGAUGUCCAGAAGUGUGACUUGAAGUUUGGCUCCUGGACACACAAUGGCUGGCUGCUGGAUCUUCAGAUGCUGGAUGUGGACACAUCCACCUACAUACCCAAUGGCGAGUGGGAUCUUGUGGGUGUCCCAGUCAAGCGCAAUGAGCUAUACUACGACUGUUGCAAGGAGCCCUACCCUGAUGUGACCUUCACAGUCACCAUGCGCCGCAGAACGCUUUAUUACGGCCUCAAUUUGCUCAUUCCCUGCGUGCUCAUUUCUGGCUUAGCUCUUUUGGUCUUCCUGCUGCCUGCUGACUCAGGAGAAAAGAUCUCUCUAGGAAUCACCGUGCUGCUUUCGCUAACUGUUUUCAUGCUUCUGGUAGCUGAGAUCAUGCCGGCCACCUCUGACUCAGUUCCCCUCAUCGCUCAAUACUUUGCCAGCACCAUGAUGAUAGUUGGAAUGUCAGUGGUGGUGACUGUGAUCGUCCUGCAAUUUCAUCACCAUGACCCUCAGGGAGGCAAGAUGCCCAAGUGGGUUCGGGUGGUCCUGUUGAACUGGUGUGCUUGGUUUCUGCGGAUGAAGCAACCUGGCGAUGAGCGCAGGCGUCCUGGCUACAAGCACCGCCAUACUACCCAGCACCAUUCCAGCAGCAACUCUAUCGAAAUGGGCGCCGUUCCAAGUCUCUCCAUUCCUCUCUCCCAAACGUCCUGCCCACCAUGCACCUCAGGCACCUCCAACGGUUCAAUGAGCCUCUACUUUGGCAACUACCAUCCAAUGGAGACUCCACACUGCCCACCGUCCAGCGACUCUGGUGUAGCACUGGGGGGUCGCGCUCACUGCUCCCCUGGUGAAGAGGCUGAGCCCCCCAGUGUUCUGGGAAUGGGUGCGGGGAUGGGAGUCAGGAUCCCACCACCAGAGAUUCAGCGCAUCUUGGAGGAGGUGACCUACAUAGCCCAGCGCUUCCGUAAUCAGGAUGAGGCUGAGGCCAUUAGCAGUGAGUGGAAGUUUGCAGCAGCAGUGGUGGACCGUCUGUGCCUGGUGGCCUUCUCGCUCUUCUCCAUCAUUUGUACCUUCACCAUCCUCAUGUCAGCACCCAAUUUCAUAGAGGCUGUCUCCAAGGACUUCACAUAGCUGGAUGCAGGAAAAGAAAAGUAUUUAUCACUCUUUGUGGGCCAUAAUUCUAAUUGUAUUUUUCUUAUGUAAAUAUAGAUGUUUUAAGUCUCAGCUACCGCUAACUUCUAUGUGCAAACACACACACAUGUUGUCCAUUUGAGCUCACUUGCCAAAUUAUGAUCUUGAUUAUCAUCUUAAAACCUUUUCCACCAUUAACGUUAGCUAUAAUUUUGCACAACUCAAUUAGAGUGCACAGGGGGGGGGGGCUUUUUCAAACAACUGAAAUUAUGUGCUAGUAUAAGUGAGCAGACACUCUUUGCUUUUGUAAGUAGUAUGUAGAGAUACUCACUGUGAGAAUCACAUUUUAAAUUUGAUUCUCUAUUUUGAGUGAUUACAUCUGUACUGUAUUUAACGCUCUUGGGGUUACUUUAGUGUUUCGUGCAAAACAAAUGCUUUAUGUCAACUGGUUGGAAUGGACCAAUAAUACAGAUUCAAUGUUGUCAUUCAAAUGUAUUUUAUUGUAGUUUGUUUAUGUCCUUAGCUAUUUGCUUGGAAACUCCAGCGGUAAGCUACUAUAAAGGAAGUUCAAAGUUGCUACAGUGACCUUGGACGGUCUGUUACUCUAUCUCACAAUAAUUUUGUGCGAUUUGUAAGAAAU